UUUAUUUGAAGGCUUAGUUGCAGUUAUUUUCCUUGGGUGGUGGUGGUGGUGGUGGUGGGAUGGGAGCACGGGCGGUGGGGCUACUGGUGCUGUUGGGUGCUAUGAUGGUAAUAGGAAGAAGGGAAGUGGUCGUAGUGGAAGCGGCGACGUGGUGCAUCGCGCGGAGCGGGGCGAGCGAGAAGACGUUGCAGACGGCGUUGGACUACGCGUGCGGGGCAGGGGCGGACUGCUUGCCCAUCCAGGCGAGCGGGCUCUGCUACCUGCCAAACACCCUGCCAGCCCACGCCUCCUACGCCUUCGACUCCUACUACCAGCGCUCCAAGGCCGCCCCCGGCUCCUGCGACUUCGCCGGCGCCGCCACCGUCACCAUCACCGACCCUAGUUAUGGAUCUUGUACUUUCCCUUCGUCACAAAGCACUGCAGGAGGAUCAGCAGCCAAUACUCCCAGCACAAAUACUCCUACAAACACAUCGAUGAAUGCUCCUCCACUGCCAGGUAUCGGUGGGCUGAGUCCUCCAGGGCUCGGCACGUCAGUCCCUAACUAUGAUAGCUCUGGGGCUUCUCCUCUGCUUUCCCUCCUGCUAUCAACUUGCAUCUGCUUCCUGCUGCUGCUCCAUUGGAUAACCUAGACAGGCUGUUGUAGUCGACAUUUUUGUGAAAUCCACCACAGUUUUGUUGUACAAUUGGUAGCCUCUUGUGGUACUUGUUUAAAAACUAACUAGGUCAGUCAUGUAAUCUUGAAAUGUUUGCAAGAGUGAAAGAGUUGGUGGGGGGUGGUGGGAUAUGGAAUCUUCCUCUCUUGGUCUAUUCAGCAGCUAGGGACUUUUGAGUGCAAUGUCAUGUAAGUUCUCUCUCUCUCUCUCUCUCUCUGAACAAAAAAGGGGGAUAGGGGGGUGGGUCAUGUAAGUUAUAUUCUUGGGUCCCAUGCAAGUUUUUAGUUUCUUUUUGUCUAAUCUAAGAAUCAGAAUAUGAGAUGGCAGGCAACUGGACCCAACUGGGUUUGGUGAUA